UAAUUGAAGAGCCACCAGACGGCUGGCGGGGCGGAACGGAACCUUUGUGUGCGGGUCCGAGGAGGAGGGGGAACCUUUAUCCGGGGGACGGCGGACGGACGGUCCCGCCCGGACACCGCGUUGCCAUGGCGCUUGCAGUCAGGCUGCGCGGCCUGCUGGGCCUCGGGGGUCGGGCCUGCUCCUCCUCCCCAGCCCCGGCCUCGGGCCCACCGCCGCCCCGGCUACAGUACCGCCGCCACCCGGGCGUCACCCGCCUCGGCGCCGUCCGCCUGCCCGACGGUGUAGGGUGGCCGCUGCGCCGCGCCGCCUUGCUGCUGCUCCACGGUCACGGCAGUGGGAGCCUGGAGGAGCAGGCGAGGGACCCUCACCAACCUCCUGUGGAGCCGACGGGGAGCUACAACACACAGUUGAGCCUCGUCUACCUGGCAGCCCGGCUGGAUGCGGGAUAUGCAGCCGUGUCCCGCGUGCUACACGAGAUUAAGCAGCGGGUGCCCGAGUUCCAGCCUCACACACUCCUGGACUUUGGCUCAGGGACCGGCACUGUCACCUGGGCGGCUCGCGGGGCCUGGGGACACUCACUGCGGGAGUUCCUGUGUGUCGAUCACUCACUGGACAUGCAGCAGCUGGCGGGCCAGCUCCUGGACCCUGGGGGGAGUGGGGGGGAGACAGCGCACAGCCGCGGUGUCUACUUCCGGAACCUUCUACCCGUCUCCCCCAAAGUGGGCUUUGACCUGGCCGUGUCGGCCUACUCCCUCUCCGAGCUGCCGUCUGGUGCCGAGCGGCGGCGUUUCAUCCAGUCCCUGUGGAGGAAAACUCAACACUACCUGGUGCUGAUAGAGAACGGGACAAGGGACGGACACCAGAUCCUGAUGGAGGCUCGACACACAGUGCUCACGGCAGACGAGGGGAGCCCGGCCUUCGUGUUCGCCCCGUGUCCCCAUGAGAUGCCGUGUCCCAAGCUCGGGGGCAAAACCCCUCAGCCGUGCAACUUCUCCCAGGCCUAUCACCCCCUGCCGCUGCCCUGGAACCCGGACGUGAAGCAGGUGCUGUUCUCCUACGUGGUGCUGGCGGGGGGAGGAGGAGGGGGGGGGGGGCGGGGUGGCGGAGGGGGGGAGGGGCGCUGGCCCCGGGUGCUGCGCCCCGUUAUCCCUCGCCCCCGUCACGUCCACACUCGCCUCUGCUGCCCCGACGGCAACAUCCGCUCCCUGGUGGUCACACCCCGCCACUGCGGCAGGGAGUUGUACCGCUGUGCCCGCAGGAGCUCGUGGGGAGACAGACUCCCCGUCUCGCCCGGAGAGGAGCCGUGGGGAGAGAGACUUGCCCCUCCUCCUCCCAUGACAGACUCAGCCCCCCCCUCACCCACAGAGACCGAGGGGGGAACAUCAACACCCUGACCCUCCCUCUCUCCCCUUCCCUCCAACGCUCGCCCCUCCACCAUAACCCUCACGCUCCUCUCCCUGUGUCCCCCCAUCCCCCCCCGCGGGGGCCACAAUUAAAGCCGUGCUGUUGAAAUCAGUGUCUCGGUGUCGUGC